AUGUCAACCAACUACACGGAAGAUGACCCCCUCGCAGAACCAACAAACACCCAAAACAUAGACUUGUCCAAACUAUCGCCUCAGGAACUUCGAAUUUACAAAAUGUACGGCAAGUUGCCCACUACCCUGCAGAUACUCAGCUCGAAAUUCCACGAUAAAAAGUACUUUGAUAGUGGAGAUUACGCCAUGCAGAAGCAGAAACCCGGUAAUAAGAACCUCAGUGGUGUGUUGGGCACUGCUGGCGGCUUACCCUUGAACCACCCCAGUGCCGAGAGGGUCAAGGAGAUGUCAGUGAGGAACUCGAUUAGUGCUCUGAAUGCGCAAAUCUUUGCAAAUGGCAAGAGCGGGCUUUUGAAUGAAAGCACCCCCAAGCUGGGUGGCGAAGAUAGGAAGGAGGAUAAUUAA